GGUUACCAAAAGGAGAACAUGCACUGAUUGUGCAUCAGUCCGGUGAUUUAUCGAACUCUUGUGCCAAUAUUGGCCCAGUAAUGGUAACUACUAGCAAGGAAAAUAUAUCUGCUAUAUUUGGUAACGUUGACGCGCAUGGCGACGAAAAAGUAACAGUUGAUCGGGAAAUCGAUUGGCCAAGUGAUGUGUCUCUGGUGGGACAUUCAUUGGUUUUGCAUAAGCUGUCUGUAAUGGAGUGGUCGUUGCGGAGCACGAAUACAUUGCCGCUCGCUUGCGGUACCAUCGGUUUCGCAUCCCGGUAGAU